CAUACACUAUAAUAUUCCUGCUCAGGAUCAAAAUGUUUCUACUAAAUAUAUUAUACAUAUUCAGUAUAUCAUUGUUGGUCUCGGGUGAAAUAGAUGACGGUGAUAGUUUAAGUGAUGAUUUUGAAUGGCCUGAGCGGUAUUCGUGCGAAGCUAACAAAUUAUAUCUAGAAUCUGGUUUGGUUGAAGACUACAAGAUAUGGCGCAAACCACAAAAUUCAAGAAUCGAUUACAAUAAAGGUGCUGUGAAGUCGAUCGUUGUUCCUACUAAGUCAAGGGUCAACUUUGGCUUGAAAUAUUCAAUUCAUCCCCAGACUACAGAAUCUGAAGAAAAUGAAAUAGUUUGUACAAUAGCAAAGGGUACAAGAAGCGAACAUCAAGAUGUAGAGACUAUAUUGCCAUAUACCGGAAGUUAUGAAUUUGAAUCUCAAGGUCCGGAAACAAUAAAUGAUCAAAUUUGUGAGAAAUAUUAUUCUUCAAGUACCGACGAUGGUUAUGAAACUAGAACGACACUAUGGAUAACAUUUUCUGAUAGCAUCAAUGGAUCAAUACCAGUGAGGUUCGAAGAAAAAAAAUACAAUAUCUAUCAAGGUUAUUUAGACUAUCAUUAUAUCUGGGAAUUUUAUAACUUCGAGCCUGAUUUCGAUGAAAAUGUUUUCGACACAUCACAAUAUACAGACUGCUCCUAUGAAAUGAACAGCGAAGUCAAGACAGAAGAUCAUCCUAUUCCUGAUUACGAAGAUAAGGAACAUGUAGAUCGAGCUUUCAACUCAUUCAAAACAAAAUUCGACAAAAAGUACGCUCACGAAAUGGAGCACGCCAUGAGAAAAAACAUCUUUGAGAAAAACCUAAGACUAAUUACAACGACUAAUAAUCAAAACCUUGGAUAUAAAUUAACAAUCAACCAAUUUGCCGAUCGAACUCCUGAGGAAAUGAAAAGACACAAGGGUUUAUUGAGAAGAGAGAAGAGAACACCUGGCAACAUACCCUUCCCUUACAACGACGAAAAGUUACAGCAAUUAUCUGAGUCUUUGCCAUCGGAAUUUGAUACACGGCUUUUGGGUCUAGUCAAUCCUAUUAGACAUCAACAAACCUGCGGUUCUUGUUGGACUUUCGGAACUACAGCCGCAGUUGAAGGGGCCAUCGCUCGCAAAAACGGAGGCAGGCUCCUAACACUUAGUAAUCAGGCUCUAAUUGACUGCUCCUGGGGAUUUGGAGCCAAUGGUUGUAAUGGUGGUACUGACACUGCAGCUUACCAAUGGAUGAUGGAAUAUGGUCUACCUACAGAAGAAGAAUAUGGCCCAUAUGCAAACCAAGACGGUUAUUGUCUUAUUAAAAACAUGACUAUAACCUAUCCAAUACUAGGCUUUACAGACGUCACGCCAAAAAGUAUUACUGCGCUUAAAGUAGCUUUAAUAAACCACGGGCCAUUAUCAACAUCUAUUGAUGCAAGUGGUACGUUCAGCUUAUACUCUGGUGGUAUAUUCUACGAUCUCACAUGCACCGAAACUGAACUUAACCAUGAAGUCACUCUAGUUGGUUAUGGUGAAGAAAAUGGAGAGACAUACUGGAUAAUAAGAAAUUCAUGGGGACCGAAUUGGGGUAUAGAUGGAUAUAUGCAUAUUUCUGCACGUGACAAUAACUGUGGUGUGGACACCGAGCCUACUUAUGUGGUCGUAUAAUUAAACGAAUACGAAUAUUAUGUAUCUAUUGUAACAUUAAUACUCUCAUAUAUUAAUAUAAUAAUAUUUGUACACAAGGAAUACUAGUAGUUCUUACACGGAUUCAUUUACUUCAGUAGCUUUAUAUUUAUUUACAGGUAUAUAUAUAGGUAGGUUAUUUAUUCAUGUAUCCAUUGUCAUAUUUCUAUGUAUUUCAGCAAUACAUAAAUGAUAUAUGUAUUUACGAAUUUGUUGAUAGUAUUUCUCCUUUAUUGCAUAAUAUUUUUUAUAUAUUACAGUUAGGAGAGAUGUGUUAUAUAUUCAAAAUAGAAUUUGUUUAAAAAUAGAGUGCUGGGUAAUAUAAAAUAUCCAUUUAGAUUUCCCGCAAAAUGACCGACGGCGUUAAUUUGGACUACGAUGUUAUUAUAAUAA